UGGAAUAAGACACUUAAGUGAUCCCGAGUAGUGACGCGUCACUUUCUGUGGACAAUUAUAAUAACAAUUUUUUUUAUUUUUAAAAGCAGAAGGUGCGGCUUUGUCUGCCAAAUCGGACUUUCUCGGGAACAGCUUUAUUUCCGACCGCGCACACAUUUUGCUCUUUCUGACGCUUGGGUGUACCAGCUGACCCGGGUGAAAUUACACCGCCAAAGACUUUUCUGUUAAACUUGCUCUAAAGAAAGUCGCCAUGGCAGAGACGUCGGCAGCACCAGCCAAAGCCAAAAAGGCGUCCAAGCCCAAGAAACCCGCUUCUCAUCCCAAGUACUCUGAGAUGAUCAAAGCGGCCAUCGUUCACGACGCCAGCCGGAGUGGAGCGUCCCGUCAGUCCAUCCAGAAGUACGUGAGGAAGAACUACAAGGUGGGCGACAAUGCCGAUGUGCAGAUUAAAAUGGCCCUGAAGAGGCUGGUGGCAUCCGGGAUGCUGCGCCACACCAAAGGCAUCGGCGCGUCCGGAUCCUUCAGGCUGACCAAACCUGAGGACACCAAGAAGUCCACCAAGGUAGCGGCGUCCGCCAAACCAAAGAAAGCCGCGAAGCCCUCCAAACCCAAGAAGGCGGCCAAACCCAAGAAGGUGUCCAAGACGCCGGAAAAACCCAAGAAGGCAGCUGCAAAGAAAGUGAAAAAGGUGGCGAAAAAGGCGACACCAACGAAAGCCAAAAAGGCACCAGCUAAGAAACCCAAGGCAGCCAAGCCCAAGGCAAAACCAGCAAAGAAGGCAGCCAAGCCCAAGGCUAAGACGCCCAAAAAGGCAGUAAAAACAGCCAAAAAAAAGUAAAAGGACAAUAACAGAGACACAGUCACUGUAAAUACUGAGGGGAAAUGUUUUCGUAAAUGUAUUAUUUUUGUAAGGUCUCAUGCAAACUUACGCUGUUUUUACCAGUAGUUUUCUCUCCAUUGCACUAUGGCCUAAAGAUGCUGUAGAAACGGUUGUGAGCAUUUUUAUUUUGAUUUUUUUAUUCGUCGUUAACUAUAAUGUUCAUUUCUGUCUGACCCUUGAAUACACAUGGGCUAAUCUAGGGUCCUGCGGAAAAGGAAAAAUGUAUAUACUGUUGAACUAAUAAAUAGUUGUUAGUGCACGGGGUCAGACUGAAAAUACUAAUGUUUCAAUGGUGAGCAUUGUUGAGCCUUUACAGUCUACAGACCACAGGCAGUGGACGUCAGCAAGAUUUUCCGAAAGGCUCUGUAUUUUGUCAUCCAAGCUCCGUUCUGUAUAUUUUCUCAUCUUUCAGACGAUUCAUAAUAUACAGCAUCCCACUGUGUUCAGUCACUUUUGAAGACCGUUUAUACUGCAACUCAAUAAACCUUUG